AUGCGGAAGUGGAAGAAGAAGCUGGGCCACACCUUCUCCCGCUUCGUCUCCUCCAAACCCACAUUCAACCUCGCCAAGCCCAAGCCCACCCCGCCGCCGCCACCACCUCCCCCACCACCGCCGCAUUCAUCUCACCCGAUCCCGCCCCCGCCGCAGCCGGCCAUGCCGCCGCACGCACGACGCCCCGCGCCGCCGUCCCCGGCGGGCCACGUCUUCCCGCAGGCGGCGUCCACGGUGCUGCCCGACCCGGCCCGCUUCUUCGCGCCGGGCCUGCUCUCCGCGCCGCUCCCCACCAACUGCUUCUUCCAGAACUUCACGCUCAAGAACGGCGACCAGCCCGAGUACAUCCACCCCUACUCCGUCCGCUCCGCCGCGGCCGGGCUCACCGUCUGCUACCCGACGCGCAGCCACUCCCCGACCUUUGACAUCCAGACCUUCGCUGCCGACCUCACCGUCUCGUCCCCGUCCGACGCCGCCGCCGCCGGGCAGCCGCACCGCGUCGUCGCCUUCGACGACCUCUCCGUCACCCUCGACUUCUCCCCGUCGCUCCGCGCCUUCCUCGUCCGCGGCUGCCCCUUCGUCACCGUCGCCACCGCCGAGGCCGCGGGACCCGUCGACGUCUCCGUCGCCUCCGUCCACGCCUUCCUCGAGGCCGCGCCCUGCGACGACGCGCGCACCAAGUGGCGCCUCCGGAUGAACAGCGGCCAGACCUUCCUCCUCUACGCCUCCGCGCCGAUCAGCCUAUCGCAGUCCAGCGUCACGCAGCUCGCGGCGCCGGGGUUCUCCGGCGUCAUCCGGAUCGCCUACCUGCCGGACGCGGCCAUGGAGGCGGUCCUCGACCAGUACAGCCGCUGCUACCCGACGGCCGGGGAGGCCGCGCUGAACAGGCCCUUCUGCAUCGACUACACAUGGCGCAAGCAGGGGUGGGGGGAUCUGCUCAUGCUCGCCAACCCGCUCCACCUCCGGCUGCUCUCCGACGACUGCUCCGUUCGGGUGCUCGACGACUUCAAGUACCGGAGCAUCGAGGGGGACCUGGUCGGCGUCGUCGGCGACUCCUGGGUUCUGAAGACCGACCCCUUGUCCCCAACAUGGCAUUCCACCCGGGGCGUCAACGACGACGGGGUUGACGAGGUCGUGGCCGCGCUGCGCAAGGACGUUGACAGCCUUGCUUCCAGCCCCAUCACCACCACUUCCUCCUACUUCUACGGGAAGGCCAUUGCCAGGGCGGCGAGACUGGCGUUGAUCGCCGAGGAGGUCGGGUGCCCCGACGUCAUCCCCGCCGUGCAUCGGUUCUUGAAGGCCACCGUCACGCCGUGGCUGGACGGCAGCUUCCAGGGGAAUGGCUUCCUGUAUGAUCCCAAAUGGGGCGGCCUUGUCACCAAGCAGGGGCUGCAGGACUCCGGCGCAGACUUUGGCUUCGGGAUCUACAACGAUCACCACUACCAUUUGGGCUACUUCCUGUAUGCCAUUGCUGUGCUUGCCAAGAUCGAUCCAUCCUGGGGAAGGAAGUUCAUGUCCCAGGCCUACUCCAUGGUUGCCGAUUUCAUGACAUUGUCCCGCAAGUGCGGUGCGAGCUACACCAGGCUGAGGACUUUCGAUCUCUGGAAGCUGCAUUCCUGGGCUGGAGGACUGACGGAGUUCGGUGAUGGGCGCAACCAGGAGAGCACGAGCGAGGCUGUUAACGCUUACUACUCUGCUGCGCUCCUUGGACUGAGCUAUGGUGACACACACCUCGUCUCUGUCGGCGCGACGCUUACAGCGUUUGAGAUGCUGGCGGCGCAGACAUGGUGGCAUGUCCGGGAAGGAGAAGGGAUCUACGAGGAUGACUUCAGCAGCAACAACCGCGUCGUCGGCGUCCUGUGGGCAAACAAGAGGGACAGUGGGCUCUGGUUCGCGCCACCGGAGUGGAAGGAAUGCAGGCUGGGGAUCCAGCUUCUGCCGCUCCUGCCGAUCAGCGAGGCCCUCUUCCCGGACGUUGGGUUCGUCAAGGACCUGGUGAGCUGGACCACGCCGGCCUUGGCGAGGGACGGUGUCGGAGAAGGGUGGAAGGGCUUCGUGUACGCGCUGGAGGGGGUCUACGACAAGGAGUCGGCAUUGGCCAAGACCAGGGCACUGGCAUCACACGACGACGGUAACACACUGACAAACCUUCUGUGGUGGCUCCAUAGCCGCGGCAAUGUCGACAACACAGUUGUCGGAUCCGGCAGGUGCUGCUGGUACCGCCAGUACGGCCAUUGA